ACAUCUCUUGCAACCGUCGCGGAGAGAGGGCGUUUUUGAGAACUUGCGUGUGCGUGCGUGGCCACCCCAGGGGAGUGAAGCGCCGUGAGUGAUGCUAAUAAGACCUCUAACGCCGGUGGUGCUCCGGUGAACCAUGUGUGAGGGCGCGGGCUGCAGGGCCACGGCUGAUCACUGCUGGCCGCCCUGUUGAAGUCACUCGAUUAAAAGGCAAAAAGCUCGUGUGUGUGUGUGUGUGUGUGUGUGUGUGUGUGUGCUAUAGAAGUAGAUCCACCGUGAAUGUAUUUCAAGAGGAGACACAGCGCAAGGAAAUGGACCUCCACACAUUCCGGAAGCAGCCGGGUCGGGCGCUGCUUGUGGCUCUGAUGGGCACCUCGGUCUUGCUCCUCGUCAUCAACCAGGCCGGCGUGAAGUAUCCUUUCCUGCAGGGCCCUCAGCAACCCAGCCCGCGCUUCCCUGCCCCCUACCCGACCAGGCGCAUCCAGGAUUACCACGUUAGGCUCGAUGAUGUAACCGGGCGAAGAACUUCCUCCACCGAUCAAAAUGGAACCGCCAUGGAGGGAGAGGCGGCGGCGGCGGGCGAGAAUGAUGAACUUCUGCUCGGAGCCGCGGUCGAGCGCAUCACUGCUCAGGACUUGCAGGAAGAGAGCACCCCGACAGACACCCUGGAGGAGACGGUGCAGCGGGUACUCAAGGGGCAGCGGGCUGUGAUCCGAGAGGCCAUGGAAGGCUACUCAUUCCAUCCCUCCCUGAAGGCCAAGCGCCUGGAGGACCUGCAGCUCGAGUCUGGCGGGCAGCCGGUGCGCAGCAUUGUAGUCACCACCUGGCGCUCAGGGUCCACCUUUAUAGGUGAUGUACUGCAAAGUCACCCAGCCACCUACUAUCACUAUGAGCCUUUGCUAGACUUUGACAUUGUGCAGGUGAGACGUGGGGAAGCAGCAAAGCAGGCGCUGCACAACCUACGCCAUCUCCUCACCUGUGACUACAGUGACAUGGACCACUACCUGAACUAUGGGAAGACACACCCUUGGCUCUUCAGACACAACAAGAGACUAUGGGCUUACUGCGCUUCCUUCCCUAAUAUUUGCUGGAGCCCAAGGUUCCUCACACCCUUCUGCAAACUGUUUCCAUUCCAGUCUCUCAAGACUGUUAGGCUGCGACUCAAUCUCACUACAGAGUUUCUACAGGACAAGGAGCUUGGUGUGCAGGUGCUGCUGCUGGUGAGGGACCCUCGGGGCACCAUGCAGUCCCGCCACCACCGAGAAUGGUGUCCUGGCAACCCUGACUGUAAUGACCCCGCUUGGCUGUGUCGGGACCUUGUCAGUGACUUCCACACGGCAAAGAAAUUUUUGAAAAAGUUUCCAAAUUCUUUCAGAAUGAUUCGCUAUGAGGACCUAUCAUUCCAUGCCUACAACAUGACACGAGAACUGUUUGAGUUCUUCCACCUCAACUAUCAUCCAGAGGUCGAGAAGUUUCUUGACACACAUACAAAACAGAAGAUUGGAGGGGUGUCCAGCACCUUCCGUGACUCUAAGAUUGCACCCAUUCACUGGCAACAGGACCUGCCAUGGGUUGAAGUGAAGAGCAUCCAGAGUGUAUGUGGUGAAGCGCUGAGACUCUGGGGUUACAGGAUAGCGAAGGAUGAGAAACACCUCCGGUCAUUCAAUCCUGUGGGGAAAUUCAAGACUACAGCAUAGUAUUUAGUUUGGGAAGUGUUAAACAAACUGUGCAUAUGAUUGUGUUGAUUGUGCAUAUUGACUAUGAAUAAUGAAUAUCAGAUUCAUUUGUGAGACUGUUGUGAUUUUUAGUUUCAUGUGUAUAAUUAUCAUUCAUCACCUCACUGUUAAAAAUAUCAGAUUCAUCAGACAACAUAGAUUAACCAGUAGGAAUCAUAGAUUUUGAUGUUUAUAUGCACAUCUUUCUUGCAAUCUGUCAUUUGUGUGAAUGCCAUUGAUUGAGAACUGAGUCUAGCCAUCGUCAGUAAUGAGGGUAUCUAUAAGAAUCUAGACUAGCUAUGAAAAAUGAUUUGCAAUAAUAAAUGUGCCUUGGGCACUGGUUGCUUGUUUUUUGAAGAUUAAUUUGUAUGUGAAAGGGCUCUUUUAAACUGCUUAUGCUUAAAAUGGAUAGUCACAUGUGUACAUUACAAGUAGGAGUUCAGUCUAAUUUAUUCUAGGUUAAAACUAUUUUCUACAUGAAGAUUUUUGAAAUGCCAUUUAUUUGGGUUGUCUCUGUGAUACUUUUUCACGGACUGUUGCACUGCCAUAGCUGAGUCAUCCCCCAUUAGUACUUCAGCUUGGGAUGCAACUGUUGCUUAAGUACCAGUGUGAAAUUUCGAUGAACUGCUAUGAGAAAUGCUGCGGAAGUACAGUGCUUGUCAUUGAAAUUGUCGUGCCUCGCCUCCACGCUGGGUAAAACAAUACACUUGUUUUCUGUUAUCCACGAGGGUUAGAGGACAUUUUCCGUGAAUGUUUGUGACACCCCCACCAAAAAGCCCCUCAAGUCUAGAGACUCUAGACCCUCAAAAAAGAACCAAGAGCAAUUUUAUACAAACCUGUAAGCUUAAAAUAUCAAAAGUAGCCUCAUUCAUCAGCUAUUCGCACUGUAAACUGUACUGUAAUUAAGGUAAACUUACAAAUAUGAAGUCAUAAAAAUCUUCUCAAACUUCACAGCACUCUGUCUUGAGAAAAUUUUGCCUUGUCGCUCCACAGCACACCACACCAAUGCUCGAAGGUCCUGUCCUUCACUUUGUCACAGAAAGCAAGCCUUCUUUCUUGCUGGGCAAUGGAAACCACAGGCCUGAGUUCAGUUGCUUAGCUGUGGAGUUCGUCAUGAAGGUGUUGUGAUAGUUUCCUUACAGACACAUUACUUAGCAGUCUUGUGUUGUCUUCCUUUAUUUUCUGGCUAAUACUUGAGGACUGCAUUCAAGCUUACAGUGUGCUAGCCUCAGGGUUUGCAGGCCUUUCCAGGUGAUUCAUUCUUGUCAGGUAUUUUAUUGUCGCUGAUUCCCAUCAUACACUUCAAGUAUCUCUGAACUUGGCGGACACUGACACACCCCGUCUGCUCCAAAAUAGCCCAUGUAGUGUCCAGCAUUGUGGAGAGAGGUGAUGGCUGUGACAUCAUUCCUUGACAAAGCAUUGCAAACCAUUGUCCAGUAAAACAACCGAACAACAAAGUAACUGAAAGCCAAAGUGAAGGGAGUGAUAGGGUAGGACAUCAGCUAUGGACAAGUGGGUGUCAAUGUUCCCUGCCUCUGCACAUUGCCUAACACACAGGCUAAGUUGCCAGAUGUGCAAUAAUUUGAUUUAAAGCACCCGCUCCACCAGAAUGAGUACUGAGAUUUCAAUGAUUCAAACGCUCGGUGAGGUACUGGUGACAAUUUCAAUGAUGAGAACUGUACAUCUGCAUAAGUCAUGUCCUAAAAAUUGAAUUGUGCCAAAUAAAAUUCAUACACUA